UUGGUGUCGACCGACAUUCUUGCGCCUUUAUACCAUGUUUUAUUUACGUUUUGCAUAACAAACGCUCGCUGAUUAACCAGCCAACCGCAUCCAACCCCAACAAUGUCUCGGAGUGGCAUGAUCGUUCUCGCCGUGUGCGGUCUGGCGGCGAUCUGCAGCUUGCCCGUUUCUAAUGCGCAGGCGCUCUCCGCCUAUGAUGCAUCUUCAGCAGCAGCCGACAGCAGGAGCAGCUGGGACGCCUUGGGAGGACUGUACGCCCUGCUGGCCCAACACGACGCUCUCGGAGGGCAUGCCCUCGCCCGCAAGUCGGUGCGAUCUCCCUCAAGACGCCUGCGCUUCGGCCGCCGUUCCGACCCUGACAUGCCUCCUCAGGCCCCCAUUGACGAAAUGGACGAGCUCCUGUCGCUCCGCGAGCUGCGCACCCCCGUCCGCCUGCGCUUCGGCCGCCGCUCUGACGAACGCGCUGUGCCCCAUGUUUUCCCCCAGGAGGAACAGGACCGAUCUGUGCGCGCCCCAUCCAUGCGUCUCCGUUUCGGACGUCGAUCGGACAACAACAUGUUCUUAAUGCCUUAUGAGUCAACCCUGCCAAAGGAGGUGAAAGCCAGCGGCUCAGUGGAAGAUGACAGGCAACAGGAAUAAAUUCAUUUCAAAUAUCUGCUCGUACAAACAUGUCCUAGAUUGUCUCUCCGCUCCAGGAAAAUAUAAACAACUUAACUUAGGUCGACUACCGUAAUAUUUUACGUCAUAUAAAAAUAUAAAUCAAUUUUAGAUGUUAUUACUAAAUCGUAAGUUAUGUGUACAUAAUCUGAUAGUAUUGUAUGUUGUUGAAUCAUUACUGAUUUACUUGGCUUUGAUUAUUUUAUUUCUACUGUAACAAUCUGUGAUUAUCUACAUUUCUACCUGUUUCUACCACACCUGUUAACUAAUAGGUAUAUUAAGACUGUCUUUUAGUUUUAUUAUUGGCUUUACAAUAUUAUAUUGCUUUUGUGUAGCGAAGAGUUGUACAUUUUUAGAGCUGGGUAAAUGUAAAACUAUUUCGCUUGUAUUUUCAAAGUAUAACAGUAUUUAAUUGUCUCUAUUAAAUGUAAAGCGUGGCAUAUAUCGUUUACACUAAAUGUAGUGGAAACUAUGUUUAAUUUUGUAUAGAUAUUAAAUUAUAGCAAAUGAUCAGUUAAUAUAAAAUAUUGACAACGGA